AGUUAAUAUUAUAACAGAGAUGGAAAAGAAGUUAAAUGGAGUAUCCGUGGAUAAGAUUGAACCCUUAGACACGAGCGUGAAGGAAAAUUACUCCUCUUUUAAGGAGGAAAUCACGCGCCAAGCAAUUACCUCGCUUCGCGAGCGUAUUCCGCAAAAGAUCUUGUAUUUUAAUUCAGUAAUAAGUGAAAAUGCCAAGAAUGGAUACCUGUUCAACUCGAAUGAUCUGGAUAAAGAAUCUUACCGACGUAUUUCCGGGAAGGAUUCUGCGAGCAAGAAGCCAAAGCGGUCAUUAGAUGAGGAGAACCAAACUUUGGUCCCGUCUCACAAGCAGAUCUUUAACGAACUUGAGAAGAUAAAGUUGGAGGCUUCGGAGCUCAUAGAAAUUCUGGGCAAUAUCAAACUUUGGAUCCAACUAAAUGUGCCAAGGAUAGAGGAUGGCAACAACUUUGGAGUUGGCAUUCAGGAAGAAGUUAUUCAGGAGCUAACUCGAGUAGAAGACACCGCAUUCAAUCUAUAUGAUGCCAUUGUAAAGUACUAUAUGGCCAGGGCAAAACUCUCCACAAAGGUCCUAAAGUACCCAAACGUUGAUGACUACGGCGAGGCCAUCCGGGAACUAGACGAAAAGGAGUGGAUCCAUAUCAAAAUUACAAAGGUAGACAUGCGAAACAACUACAGUAUGCUCUAUGAUUUGCUAUGCAAGAACUGGGAGAAAAUCGUCAAACCAAAAAGCGAAGACGGCCGUUAUCGUAUGACAUUUUAAAGAUGCA